GUUCAGGCCAGUUCACCACGGCUGUAGUACUCAGUCUGUCCCACUGAGCUGUCAACACAGCAGCCCUCCACUCUGCAACAACAUUUUCCUACUAAACCUAGUCCCUCUUUCUCUUCAACGACGUUUUCCUUCAGAUAACAGCUCUUCUCUUCUCACCAUGACUCGGAGUUGAUCUUCAGAGUGUCCCGGUGGUUCUGGGGUUCCAGGUUGCUGUGUUGAGAGAGCAAGCUAACUGCGGGAAGGAGAACCGCCUGGGGCAUCGUGUCCCUGGCUUUCUAGUGACUAAAGGAGGGGCUUGGCAAACUGUUGUGCAGCAUGGAGAAAGAAGACCUGAAGGUCCUCAACAAAGGGGAAGAGGAGGAGCUGGAGCUGCAGGGGUACCGUCUGUGUCGUUGGCGGCUGGCCCUUGUGGGUCUCGGGGUGCUGUUCACAGGGGGCUUCCUCCUCCUGCUGCUCUACUGGAUGCCGGAGUGGUGCGUCAAAUCCACCUGCACCCGCACCACAGCCCGCGAUGCUGAAGUGGUAUUGCUGCGCUCCACGGAUGAGUUCCGGCGCUGGUUCCUGGCCAGGGUACGAGUGAUGCUGGCCCCGGGAAGGAACCCCUUCCACUGCCUGGAGACCCAGACCACCUCCCCUUCCUCUCCCUCCUGCCCCUUCUCCUCCCCCCCUCUAGCCAACGGACACACCCCCCACCCCUCCGAUGGCAACCCCGACCAGGAGCUCAUCAGAAGAUAUGCCGACUACCAGCCCACACAGAUCCGCUACUUUACCUUCCAUAGCACAACUUAUUAUUGGAGCGACGAGGUGCAGAAUUUUGGUGUUUUAACCGGCCUGGAGGAUUUGCAGGUCAGCUGCUCCACCCUCCACUCGGAGCACAGUGUAGGCCUGACCAGGAACCAGCAGGAGUACAGGAGACUGUUCUUCGGAGUGAAUGAAAUUGCAGUGAAAGUGCCUUCUGUUUUCAAGCUGCUUAUCAAAGAGGUUCUAAACCCUUUCUACAUCUUCCAGCUCUUCAGUGUGAUCCUGUGGAGUGCCGAUGAGUAUUACUAUUAUGCUGUGGCCAUCCUUUUCAUGUCGAUCAUAUCCAUAGCUACCUCUCUGUACACCAUUAAAAAGCAAUACAUCAUGCUCCACGAUAUGGUGGCAACUCACAGUGUUGUCCGUGUGUCUGUAUGCCGACCCAACAAUGAAAUCGAAGAGAUUUUGUCUACUGAUCUGGUGCCCGGUGAUGUGAUGGUCAUCCCCAUCAAUGGGACCAUCAUGCCAUGUGACGCCGUGCUGGUCAGCGGCACCUGCAUUGUCAAUGAAAGCAUGCUCACAGGUGAGAGUGUUCCUGUGACAAAGACCAACCUGCCAGACCCAUUGCCUGGGGACAGGGGGGAGGAUAAUGACAGUGUCUUCAACACAGAGGAGCAUAAGAGACACACACUCUUCUGUGGCACGCAUGUCAUCCAGACCCGCUUCUACACAGGCGACCUGGUCAAGGCUGUGGUGGUAUGCACAGGUUUCAGCACAGCCAAAGGCCAGCUGGUGCGCUCCAUCCUUUACCCAAAACCCACCGACUUCAAGCUGUACCGAGAUGCCUACCUCUUCCUCUUGUGUCUGGUGGCUAUAGCUGGAAUUGGCUUUGUCUACUCCAUCGUCCUCAGCAUCAUGAACAAGGUGCCAGCUAAAACCAUCAUUAUUGAGUCUCUGGACAUCAUCACCAUUACUGUGCCCCCGGCGCUGCCAGCCGCCAUGACAGCUGGCAUUGUGUACGCCCAGCGACGCCUCAAAAACCUGGGCAUUUUUUGCAUCAGCCCACAAAGGAUCAACAUCUGCGGUCAACUCAAUCUGGUCUGCUUUGACAAGACUGGAACUCUGACAGAAGAUGGAUUAGACCUAUGGGGAGUUCAGAGGGUAGAGAACGGCAGUUUCCACCUGUCAGAGGAAAAUGCAUACAAGGAAAAUCUAGUCAAGUCCCAGUUUGUGGCAUGUAUGGCCACCUGCCACUCUCUCACCAAAAUAGAGGGCCAGCUGUCCGGAGACCCACUGGACCUUAAGAUGUUUGAGGCCACAGGCUGGAUCCUGGAGGAGGCCACUGAGGAGGAAACAUCUCUCCACAACCGUAUCAUGCCCACUGUGGUUAAACCCCCAAAACAGCUGCUGCCCCCAGAGCCUGCCGUAACACCAGAGCAGGACAUGGAGCUGUAUGAGCUUUCGUCAGCGCAUGAGAUAGGUAUCGUGCGCCAGUUUCCCUUUUCCUCAGCCCUCCAGAGGAUGUGUGUGGUGGCUCGUCUGCUAGGGGAGAAACGUAUGGACGCCUACAUGAAGGGGGCCCCCGAGAUAGUGGCUAGCCUCUGCAAGAAAGACACAGUGCCAGAAAACUUUGCAGAUGUUUUAGAGGGCUACACCAAGGAGGGUUUCAGAGUCAUAGCUCUGGCUCAUCGACGACUUGAAUCCAAACUCAGCUGGCACAAAGUCCAGAACAUCAGCAGGGAUCACAUUGAGGCAAACAUGGAGUUCCUGGGUCUAAUCAUCAUGCAGAACAAGCUGAAGGCAGAAACCCCAGCAGUGCUGGAGGACCUCCGCCAAGCCAGCAUCCGCACUGUUAUGGUUACUGGUGACAACAUGCUGACAGCCAUUUCUGUGGCCAGGGACUGUGGAAUGAUUCCUCCCCAAGACACAGUCAUCAUUGCUGAUGCCCUCCCUCCACAUGAUGGACAGGCCGCCAAGAUCACCUGGAGAUACGCUGACAAGGCGAGCCAGACAUCUCAUCUGGAGGAAGUGAACAUCACUCUGGAUGAUGUGUGCCACAUAGAUGAGCCCAAAAAACAGGAGCUGUACCACUUUGCCAUGAAUGGAAAAUCCUUUGCCGUCAUCUCUGAACAUUUCCCUGACAUGCUUCAAAAGCUGGUGCUACAUGGGACAGUGUUUGCAAGAAUGGCCCCGGACCAGAAAACUCAACUCAUUGAGGCUCUGCAGGGCGUGGACUACUUUGUUGGGAUGUGUGGAGAUGGAGCAAACGACUGUGGGGCUCUGAAGAGGGCUCAUGGUGGCAUCUCUCUGUCGGAGCUCGAAGCCUCGGUAGCCUCUCCCUUCACCUCGAAGACCCCGAACAUCUCCUGUGUCCCCAGCCUCAUCAGGGAGGGGCGUGCCGCUCUCAUUACCUCUUUCUGUGUGUUCAAGUUCAUGGCCCUCUACAGCAUCAUCCAGUACAUCAGUGUCACUCUCCUCUACUCUAUCCUCAGUAACCUUGGAGACUUCCAGUUCCUCUUCAUCGAUAUUGCCAUCAUCCUUCUUAUUGUCUUUACUAUGAGUCUGAACCCAGCGUGGCAAGACCUGGUGUCUCGUCGUCCCCCUUCAGGUCUGAUCUCAGGGCCUCUGCUGUUCUCUGUGCUGACCCAGAUCCUCAUCUGCUUGGGCUUCCAGACCAUUACAUUCCUUUGGGUCCGACAGCAGCCGUGGUACACAGUGUGGACGCCGCUCUCUGAUGCCUGCAACAACUCAUCACAUAUUAAUGUUGGCCACAACAACACUGAAAUUGACGACCACAACAUCCAGAACUACGAGAACACCAGCCUCUUUUAUGUCUCCUCCUUCCAGUAUCUCGUUGUUGCCAUCGUUUUCUCAAAGGGCAAACCCUUCAGGCAGCCUAGCUACAAGAAUUGGCCGUUUGUGCUGUCUGCCUUGACUCUGUAUGUUUUUCUGCUGUUCAUCAUGUUCUACCCUGUAAAAGCCAUUGACGAGUUUCUAGAGAUUGUUUGUGUCCCGUUUGACUGGAAGGUAAAGCUCUUCCUCAUCAUCUUAGUCAAUGCUGCAGUGUCUGUUGUGAUGGAGACCUUCAUCCUUGACAUCGUCCUAUGGAAGCUUGUGUUCAGCCGAGACAAACAGGGCAGCUUUGGCGUCACUCCUGUUGCCCCGACACCACAGGGUGGUAUAGACCUGCGAUACUACAAGUGUCUGACCCGGCUUUGCUGCCCGAGCAGGAUGACCCCCAAGGCUCGCUACAUGCAUCUGGCCCAGGAGCUCAGGGUGGACCCCGACUGGCCUCCAAAGCCAACGACAACAACUGAAGCCAAGACCCUCCCAGAAAAUGGAUCCACCUAUCAAAUCAUGAAAAACUCCUAGCACCCCCCACAGUGUGUACUCUAUACAUGACCUACAGGAGAAGUGUAUGCAUAUUAGGCGCGUUCAGUGAAUGCACCUUUUAAAUUAUUCGAAUGAAACCGUCACAGUAAGGUUGCUUGUUGUUCCGGUUCACAGCGACUUCAGUCUAAUGCUGGAGUUCAUGAGACAUUGCUGCAAAAAUCUUAUGAUCGCACAUGACUACAAAACAUAGUGUCAGUUCUCUCAACCACUUGCACUCUCUCAGGUCUCUGUUGCUUGUUAUUUAAACAGCAGUAACAUUAAUGUACAUCUCUUUCCUUAUUGCAAUGUCUGAGCUGGGUCUAAUAUAACUUUGACCUUUUCAAGUCAACUUCCAAGUCCACUCCAGAGCUAGCGUCUGACGUGCUAUCAAAAAUGUUCUGGAACAAUGUCUUCAUAGCCUUUGAGAAUUAUCCUAAAAAAACAAGUAGAAGUAUAGUAUAUUUAUCAAACAGGCGCUAGGUUGUAAUUUGGCCCUCUAAAGUAAGACCUACCAUUACCAAAACAGUGAUUACUUUAUUGGUUGUUUUGAAGUCCACUCUGUAUGUUUUAAUUCACAGCAGCCACAACCUCACUUGUUAGGAUGUUCACAGUUACCAUACUCAGAUUGCUACUAUGUAGUCGUCUCUUACAGCUAACCUAUAUAAUUUAUAUAUAGUCAUGGAACCAUAACCAAAAGGAAAGCUUUUAUGCUUACCAUGAACCCCCAGGGAUACAUGAAAUUAUUAACUUGAGACAAGAAAUCAUAUAGUCAACUCUCACUGUAAGUUGUAGCAGAUUUAAAUCAGCUUCUGUCAACUUGUUGAUCAAUUCAAGGUUCAAGGUUCUUUAUUGUCAAACUAACAUAGCUACAGAGUAAUUAUGUCAUUGAAAAUCUUAGGUCACAGGCUUCUCCAACAAUGCAACACAAUAAUACAGAUAAGCAGACAAUAUUAAAACAAUAUUAAAAUAUACUAUAUUAAAAGUAAUACAAAAAGAAAAAUAGUUAAAAAAAUUAAAAAGAAUUGCACACCUCAGGCAUAUUCCUAUUUAAAGACAAACACAAAGAAUAUGUUGAUUGCCUCAAGCACCAAUGGUCAAGGUUUAAAAAAAGUAUAGACACUUAAAUGGGAAAUAUCCCAGCUUUUUAAGAUUUGGAAACUGCACAAUAGGUCUGAAAAUAUGGGAGACAUUACAUUUUUUGUAUAAAUGUAGUCAUCAUCCAUAAUGUUGCAUGUCCAAAUCAUGCUGUUGUACUCGGCCACCUUUUUAUUUUAAACCCUCAGACAUAUAGAACUUGUUCACAUUAAAAGUAAGGAACACUUAAAAUGGGAAGCCUUUUUCACAAACUUCAGCACGUUAUACAUCAGAUUGAUGAUUGCAACUAGAAAGUUAUGAACCUCAGAAAAUAAUCUACAGUUGUAUUUUUCUUAUUCACCCAGAAGUUUCAUAAACAGUUAAAACAUUUCAGCUAGUAGGAUUAGGAUAGUUUACCUUAAGGAGCAUUGAUAAAAAUAGUAUUAUUUAGAACAGUAGAAAUGGCAAAAAACACCAGACUAUAACAAAUGCAUACAUUUCAUUUGCGCUUUUCAAGGAAUGUCAAUUCAACGGUUCUUAUUCUUGAAUCUAAUAACUGAAGUCUCCACUUCCUCAACUGUACUUUUCUAACAAAGCAUGCUAACAUAUUAAAUGUUAUCGUGUUAUACUUGCAUACCAUUCUAAAAGUAGUUUUUUUCUGCCGCUCCCCUUGGGCCAAACAUUUGCCCCAUCAGUGGUUUAAAUGUGGCAUCAGCCAACCUGUCUGUAUUUUACUCACAUGAGCCACCAGCACGGCUAUACACUUUACAUCUUGUGAUUUUGCAUCUAUGAGCUAUGUCUGGUCAUCAGACUGAGACUGAAAACAUAACAAGACUCGCAUGAUGCUACCUUCCUAUCGAUCGAGUUUAAGACUUGAUGAUUGCAAUACUACAAAUAUUACUAUAGACACAGCAUUACUGUAAAAUGAAGGAGUAUUUACAUACACAUCUCUUCAUCAAAUGAAUCUGCACAAGAACAGCAUGAAUUUGGUUGGUUAUCAUGGAUAGUGCACAUACAUGAGACCAUACAAAUCUGAGCAUCCUACAUUUACAAAACUAAUGUCAGACUGGCUCAGUAAGCCAGCAGUGCUACUUGUUUUUAUUUUCUAUAAAAAUCACAUUUCUUCCUAUGGAAGACUGAUUAAAAGUGUGGUGGUAAAUGAGGACAAAGCAUUUUGCAUCUCCUCAGUUUGCAGCACAUUCAAAACAUCCAUGCACCAACAAAAGCUGGUAAUGGUGGAUUCUGUAUUUUACCAUAUAGACGCAAAUUCAUGUAUUACACAUUGUCUACCUGCCUAGAGUUGAGGGCUAUUUUUUUAUGUUCACUGAUUUAACUUUGAUGUUGAAAGGGAUACUCGCAGAAAUCGAGUUGAGUAACAAACAUUCACUCCUUGUGCAUCUUGAAGGUGGCUGUAUUAGUGGGUUGCUCAUUAUUCAAUGUAAACUUGACUGUACAUUUAUUUGAAGAUUACAAUAAUGGCACACCAAGCUUAAAAAAUGGUUGGAAUUGUUUGAGCAGUUUUAGUUUGCAUUUUGCUGCUUGAUUCAGCAAUUACAAUUGGUAGCAAUGGAAAUGACUGUACUGUAAUUGAAUUAAAGCUGACCACAGCUACUUCAAGGAGGAGAAAAAGCUUUCAGGGCAACCUUUAAAGCCACAAAAUAUAUUGUUUGAUUCUCAAAAAGCAGAUUUAGGCUGGAGUAUCACUUUAAAGCAAAGAUGGAUCAACAGAUUUCCUCAAUAUCCACAAUAACAAGUCUGCGCAGUUCCUUAAAGCCAUUGUCUAUUGUGAUGCUUGUAAUAUUUAUUACAAAUGCACAUGAAACUUGGGAUCCAUCAUUUUGUAUGACAAGCUCAAAUGUGUGCUUUUAAUUUUCACAGAUACAUUGUUUAAUUGAUGAGAGUAUUUUGUUAUAGGAUGUAGUGGGUACAUUGUGUAAGGAUACCUGUGUAUAUAUGUAUAUGUAUGUAUGUAUAUAUAUAUGUAUAUAUAUGUAUAUAUAUAUAUGUGUGUGUGUGUGUGUAUAUAUAUAUAUAUAUAUAUAUAUAUAUAUAUAUAUAUAUAUAUAUAUAUAUAGUACUAUAGAUGAAACUUGUAAAAAUGCAUAACAUGGCUCAAAUGGACAUUCUUGUGCCAAUUUGCAGAAAGAUUCUGAUAUGUUGUCAACAACAUGGGUUUCUAUGCCUCUGGAUUAUCAGUGGCUUUUCUCAGUUUUAUAUUUGAGUUCAGGUUUCUUUUUUUCUUCUUUUGAUACCUACUGAAGCUAAAACUGAAUGUUGUAUAAAAAAAGACUACAUUUAUUGUAUUGCAAUACAAUAGCUAUUGAUUAUUUUUCCAAAGACUUUUAAUUACAUUUGUAUUGCUUAUUUAAAAAAAAAAAAGAACGUAUAGCUUGUGUUUAGUUCUGUCAAAUCUGAUUUGUCCAGCAGAAAAGUGGACUUAAAAAGGUGAUAAUAAUAAUAAUAAUAAUAAUAGAGAUGUUGGAUUCUAUCUGUAUAUAUGAGAUGUACAUUUCUAGUGUGUGCUUACAAGUACAACAUAUUUAGUUAUAUCAAUGUUUGUUUUUGGAUUAUCAAAGGGCUGGUGUGUUUUUCUACUAUUUUGGUACUGUGUUCAAUCAGUUGUCUGUCUACUUUUGAUUUGUACUGUCUUUGAUUUGUUUCUGUUUAAAAUGUUGCUAUGGAGUUGCAUUAGCUUUAUUCUUCCUUUUUUGGGCAUGAAUUCUGGGCAUUUAUUUCACAAUUUUAAACAUUCAAUGUGAAGUAUUAGAGGGGAACUUAAGUAUUGGUUAAAAUAUAAAGCAGCACAUGUCUACUUUAGAGUUUAGAGUCCUUCGUAGAAACAUUUAUCUCUGCAGAUUCUUUAAAGUACAUUUGCUUAUCAGUUUUGCUUUUGCUUCUGUUUUCUCUAAUUGCUUUGUAUACAUUUAAGGACCUGACAGGGAAUUAAACUGUUGUAAUUUCGUGCUCAUCAGCAAAUUCAGAACAUCUGACAAUCUUGUUAGUUUUCUGUUUGAUCAUCCAAUGAACGUAUUUCUUUUUUCUUCUCUAGUAUUUUUUUAAAGAUCAUUUGCAUCCAUAACAUUAAAUUGUAAUUGGCAAAAAGAAUGUGCAUUGCUGCUCUACAUCAGCUGUCUAUUGUAAAAGUUACUAUAUUGCUGCUAGGGCCUAAAUGAUUGAGCUGAGUCAUAACUGCACCUUCGUACAGACAAUUAAACAAUUUCAUGAGGUGUAAAUACUAGUAUUGCUUGUGUUCUACGCUACGCCUUUUAUUCUGACACAGCAAUGGCUUUUAUGCUGAAACCUCUACGCUCUUCUAAAGGUACAACAUAUACCGAAUGUUGACAGUUGGCCGCCUACUCGCAUCAUGUACAGUAUUUGAAACAAACCAUCAAUGGCAUUUAGAUUGAGUCAGCCACUUAUACUGUAUAAAGACUCAUGUGGAUGUUCCCUCAGGGAAAUGUGUCUAUUUGUAAUUAUAAAGCAAAUAAAAGUUGAAACCCAAACUGAAUGAAAACAUACUGUUGGUGAAACGUUUAGGUCCAUCUGUAUAUCCGCUCGUUCCGUACAGUUUAUCUAAUGUGCUUUCCAUUUCCCGCACCUCAACAAGAGGCUAAUCUGGGGUAUAUGUAUUUUUUUUAUUGGCAGAGAUAUGUACAUUUUUUGAGAAUUUUGUACUUAAUAAUUUAUUUUUUAUUUAUCUUCAUUUCUUUCUCCCUGAAGAUUGUAUUUCAGAUUGAUCUUGACUUCUUUCUUUUCAAUAAAUGUUCUCAAAACGGUC